GAUCUGUUUUGGUCUUUCUGGUUGUUUUCGUUCUCUCUCGGUAUAGGGCUUGAUCAGCGACGCAGUUUUCGCCGACAAGGAGCUUUGCUCACUGUGUUCGAUCGAUCUCGGUUAUCGAGGUCCUUCGACAAACCCCAUUUUACUUAUUUUGGGGGUGUUUAAGGAUUUGAUUUUAUACCCGUGACUUUGCCUUUUCAGAUCUGGGGAACGAACCCUAAUUAAGCUGUUUUACUUUGAUCUAUUGAAGAUUUUACAUAAGGUGGUUGUAUUUUUUGCGUUUUUGUUUUUGCGGUGUUUGAUAGCAAGCUUCGUAUAACUUAUGCGCGUUACUCGAUCUAAUCGCUGCCUGCUGAAUCCUAAGGAGGAAGAAAUUCUAGCUAGAAUGGCCAAGGAUGGGUGUGCCGCUGAAGAUAUGGAGGAAGGAGAGAUAUCUGAUUCUGCGUCCAUUGAAGAAAUCAGUGAAGAAGAUUUCAAACAGGAUAUUAAGGUUUCUUCGAAAACCAAGGGAGAUUCUAGGGUUUGGAUGGGCGAUCUAUUGAAAUAUCCUAUUUCGAGUAGUUAUUCUUCCGGUUUGUAUAAUCUUGCGUGGGCACAAGCGGUGCAAAACAAACCACUCAAUGAAAUAUUGGUGAGAGACUUCGGAUCCAAUGAUAAGUCGAUGAAAUCUGCAUCUAAUGUUUCAGUAAACGGUAGAGAAAGUAAUAAUAGAAGUUUAAAUACUUCUAAGGAAGUUUGUAAAGUAAUAAUUGAUGACAGUAGUGAGGAGAUUGAUAGUAGAAUUGAAACCGUUGGAGAUGAUGAGAAGGAAGAGGGAGAGCUGGAAGAAGGGGAGAUAGAAUUGGAUUCGGAGACAGUGGACAAACGUUCCGGCGAAGGACCAUAUGAAGAAAUUUCUAGUGAUCAGAGUGAAACCGAGAGGGAUUUGAAACGGAGGGAGUUCGAGAUGAGGCUUUAUUCAAUUCAGAAAACUUUAGAUUCUUUAACAGUGGACGAAGCGAAGAAAUCUUUUCCUGGAGUCUGUUCCGAACUUCAAACUGCUUUGGAAAGCUUGCAGCUAAUGGUUUCGGAGAAUUGUGUUCCGGCCAUGGAUGCUAUUGUGGGACAGUCCGUUUCUCGGCUCCAAGCCAUCAAUUCUGUGUUUUGUUCCAUGAACAUGAAGCAACAAGAUCAGAAUAAAGACAUCAUGUUGAGGUUGCUUGAAAGUAUAAAUAGCCAAGAACAUGCUCUUUUCUCACUGGAGCAGAUGAAAGAGGUAGAGGCCAUGUUAUCGAGUAUUAAGGCCUUGGACAAAAAGAAAAAAAUACACAUAAUUGAUAUAGUGGAUCAGAGUAAUGCUGGUAUUAUAACUAAAAUCCCCGCUCAUGACAUGAAUUCUUCAAAAGAGCUCCUUCUGGAUCCUGUAUCUGUUAAAUCUGGUGAUCAGAAUAAUGUAAACAUAGCAUCUGAAGCUUUGAGAAUGGGAAUAUCAGUUGGGUCCAAGAGUAGACUGGGUUUUGGACCCCUGCUUGAUCUUCACCGGGACCAUGAUGCAGAUAGCCUUCCUUCUCCUACGCGUGAAACCACGCUACCUGUACCAAUAGCAAAACCACAGGCUAUUAUUGAUGGUAAAGUUGGAUCGGAUCUGGUCACAACCAAAAUGGAAGAUAAAACAGAAGAUGCUCCAUUGCAUCCAUAUGAAACUGACGCCCUCAAAGCUGUUUCUACCUAUCAACAAAAAUUUGGUCGGUCCUCAUUCCUUUUAAGUAACCGUCUUCCAAGUCCAACUCCUUCAGAGGAGGGCAAUGAUGGGGAUGGUGAUACUAACGAGGAGGUUUCUAGUUCUUCAACUGUUGAUAAUGUGAGAACUGUAAUUCCAUUUGUCCCACUGCAACCCAUUGGCCCUGCUGCUUCUACUUCUCCAGUGGAUAGCUUAAAUGGACAAGCAAUACCACCUGCAAAAACUGUUGGGCAGUUGGGUUUUGUGUCAAAUCCCAUUUUAAGAAUCUCAGCAAAGAGUAGAGAUCCUAGGCUACGGUAUGCCAACUCUGAAGGGGGCUCUUUGGAUCUCAAUCAACGUCCUCUGUCUGCAGAGUCCAGUGCACCUAAAAGUGAGCCUCUUGGAGGAAUGAUGAGUUCAAGGAAACACAAGGUUGAGGACAACCAUUUGGAUGGCCAUUCUUUGAAAAGACAGAGAAAUUCGGUAACAAGUUCUGGAGUUUCCAGAGAUGUAGAAAUGACAUCUGGAAUUGGUGGUUGGUUAGAGGACAGCAGUAGUUUUGUGCCUCAACUUGCUGAUAAAAACAGACUGAUAGAGGACAUGGGAGCUAAUUGCAUGAAAUUGGAAAAUGGAGAAGUUGGAUGCAGCAGAGGACAGGAUGCGGGCUCUGGACACUCUAAUGUGUCAACUGGUGGAAAACAGCAGGCACCAGCUCUGGAUGCCAAUACUACAGUUUCCUUGCCUUCUUUGUUGAAGGAUAUUGUUGUGAACCCUAGCAUGCUGAUGCAUCUACUUCAGAUGGAACAACAAAGAUUAGCCGCAGAAGCUAAACAGAAUUCUAGUGAUCCUGCCCAAAAUUCGAUGAAUCAUUCAAGCACAAAUAUAUUGCCGGGAAUGGUACCCAUGGAAAAUGUUCCUUGGGGGCCAUUGGAACCUAAUCAAAAGCUUGUAGGAAAACUUCAUAUUGCUGUCCAAACAGCUUCGUUGAAUCCUCAGGGAGAAUCGGGGAAAAUCCGCAUGAAACCUCGUGACCCUCGCCGUGUACUCCAUAGCAAUACUUUUCAGAAGAUUGAGGGCUCAGGAGCUGAACAAUUAAAAACAAAUCGAGGCCCCCAGGUUACUAAGGACAAUCUAAUUGUCCGUCAGCAAGGGGAUCAGGCAGAGGCAAAUUCCUUGUCUUCCCAGUCCAAUUCCCUUCCUGAUAUUGCUCCGCAGUUCACAAAGGGGCUGAAAAAUCUUGCUGAUAUCUUGACUUCAUCCCAACCUACAAAUACUCUCCCGGUGGUUUCACAGACUGCCUUUUCCGAUCCACUGCCUAUAAAGUCAGAUAAGGUGGAUGCAAAAGAUGUAGUAACUGACGCUAGUGACCAGAAAAGUGAGAGUAGUUUGAUGCCUGAAGAAGGUGCAGUGGGGCCUCCACAGAACACAUGGGGGGAUGUUGAACACUUAUUUGAGGGGUAUGAUGACCAGCAGAAAGCAGCUAUCCAGAGAGAGAGGGCAAGGAGGAUAGAAGAACAGAAAAAAAUGUUUGCAGCUAGGAAGCUAUGUCUUGUCUUGGAUUUGGAUCACACACUUCUUAAUUCAGCCAAGUUUGUUGAAGUGGAUCCAGUGCAUGAGGAGAUUCUAAGAAAGAAGGAAGAACAGGACCAAGAAAAGCCGCAGAGACAUGUCUUCCGCUUUUCUCAUAUGGGAAUGUGGACAAAAUUAAGGCCUGGAAUCUGGAACUUUCUUGAGAAGGCUAGUCAGCUGUUUGAGCUGCAUCUUUACACGAUGGGCAACAAGCUAUAUGCUACAGAAAUGGCAAAAGUUCUCGAUCCAACAGGGGCUUUGUUUGCUGGGCGAGUUAUUUCAAAAGGAGAUGAUGGGGAUCUUUUUGAUGGUGACGAGAGGCAGCCCAAGACUAAGGAUUUAGAAGGGGUCUUGGGUAUGGAAUCAGGUGUGGUGAUCGUAGAUGAUUCUGUAAGAGUCUGGCCACAUAACAAGCUGAACUUGAUAGUUGUUGAGAGAUACACUUACUUCCCCUGUAGCAGACGCCAAUUUGGACUUCUGGGUCCUUCACUUCUUGAAAUUGAUCAUGACGAGAGACCAGAAGAUGGUACUCUUGCAUCUUCCUUGGCAGUAAUUGAAAGAAUACACCAAAACUUUUUCUCGCACCCGUCUUUAAAUGAGGCAGAUGUUAGAAACAUUCUUGCUGCAGAGCAGAGGAAGAUUUUAGCUGGUUGCCGUAUAGUAUUCAGUAGGGUAUUUCCAGUAGGUGAAGCCAACCCCCACCUACAUCCACUGUGGCAGACAGCUGAACAAUUUGGGGCCGUAUGCACCAAUCAGAUAGAUGAACAGGUGACCCAUGUAGUUGCCAAUUCUCUUGGAACAGACAAGGUUAAUUGGGCUUUGUCCACCGGAAGAUUUGUUGUCCACCCUGGAUGGGUGGAGGCAUCGGCUCUACUAUAUCGUAGGGUGAAUGAGCAUGAAUUUACCGUUAAAUUAUAAACCAUCACCCAAGCCCCCCAAAACCCUGAUCCCCUGCCUUCCAUGGUAAACUAUAAGUUUAAAACAUGAAAU